AUGGCUUUGACUUUCCUUGUGCGAGUGCUGCUGUGCAGUGUGGUGUUCAUGCCAUCCUUCGCCCAGAACUUGAAGGGCAGCAGCAGCGGCAUUGCAGAAAUGGCCGAAGUGGUUUCCAAGGACGCCCACGCGGUGCAGAAUCUUGAGGUCACCGACUCCGCCAGCGACAUUUCCCUGGACGACUUGCCCAAGAAGCAUCCGCCCACCACGAACCAGGCCUUGGUCUCCAUGGUCUUGAUCUUCGUCAUCCCGGCAAUCGGCCUGGUGAUCAUGUACAAGGGCAAGGAAGCGGGUUGGACAGGUGCUUUCGGCUUGAUCUGCUGUUUGAUCACCUGCGUAUGGAUUUACACCGCGGUGCUCGCAUUCAUGUAG